GAGAGGGCUGUUUGGACCGACACAGAGAUUGAUCAGUUUCUCCUCUACCUAUCCAACAAUCAGGACAAGAUCAGCAACACUGGUAACUUUAAAGAUCCGAUAUACAAUGGUGCUGCAGAGGCUAUUUAUGAGUACCUGCAGCAAGGUCCAGCGAAGACUGGGACAAUGUAUAAGACUGAAAUGGGCAUCAUAAAACAGACUUUUAACGCUAUUCAGAAGUAUUGCCAGCAGUCUGGUGUCCACUGGGACAAAAUUGGAGGAGUCAAUGUCGAGGGUGAUGCUUCAACCUCAGUAUGGAAUGAAUAUGUUUCCAAGAAGGUAUGUCAAGUUCGCUAA